ACCGUCAGUACUAGUGAUCACUUUGAACCGCAAACAUGUUGAAUCGCCAACGCCUAAUCCUGGCCGCGCUCGUCCUGCUCAUCGUGGCGAGCUGCUUGUUCGAUGGGGCCAGCGCUCGGAAGCAUCGCUCUCGGAAGUCCAGCCGUCCAAAGGGCGUUAAUAUUGAAAUCUACCAUCCGAAGGGCGUUCUGAUCUGGUAUCCGUAUCGAUCGGGAAUCGAGAUGUUUGGUAUCGAAAUCUUCAUUAAUCAGGCAAACCCGAACCGGGACGGGUCGAGUUCGAGCGAAGAAGUAUCGGCGACCUGUGACAUCUGCCUCAACACGACGGAGGUUUCGUACGGAAAGUUUAUUCUACGCAGCAAUGACGCGAUCAUUCGUAGCCGCGAUCAUGUUUACUACAAUGCGAUCGUGAAGAAGACGUCCGGCAAGGCUUACGUUGCACGUUCGAACGAGUUUUACGUUUCAGAAAGUCGCAUUCUGAUAGCGGACAUCACCGGCGGUGCGAGCAACUCGCGUGAUGAGAGCUCGUCCGUGGUUCAGGCCCAAUCGGGAAAUCUGGCCGACAAAACCCCAAACGCACUCCAGCAAGAGGUGAAGCUGCUCGAGGAAAUUCUGGACGAGCUGAACCAACAGUGUAAUCUGGCGCAGAAUCAAUCGAGGGAGCUGCUGCUGAGCGUAUCGACCGAAACCCGGCUCGAUGCUAAAGAUUUACAUCAGUUCAUGACCCGACAGCUCUCCGCUAAGCUGCCCUCGAUCGACUGGAACCGGGUGCUGGUGGACACGUAUUACACGACCAACGGAAUCAUCUUCGAAGUACCGACCAUCGUCGAAAAGUUGAAGAUCCUUAAACUGGCCAAAAAGCUGCCCGAUCAACCGAUCGUGGAUGUGGAUGUGUUUGAAACGGAGGACGUAACAAACGAUAUCGAGGCAUGGCUGGUGGAGUGAAUGUUGAGUGUUGUUUGGUUUAAACCUCCUUGGAAGCUUGACAUAUUGUGUUGCUUUACGUUAGAGUGAUUUGUUUAGUUUUAUUGUAAUCUGACGGAAUUGAAAAUAAAAAUGUUCAUGUGUGCGUUAAA